AUGUUCCACUCGCCGUCGACGUGGACAUCAAAUGUCACCCCCCUAGACAUCCUCAUUACUCAGGCUACCAACCCUUCUCUACCCGAGCCCAACUAUGCCUUACACCUCGAGGUCGCGAACUACAUCCACGAAAAGAAGGCCAACACGCCGCGAGAUGCAGCGAUGUUGAUCGCGCGGCUGGUGAACCACCGGAAUCCCCAUAUCGCCAUGCUGUCACUUGCACUCCUAGAAACGCUCGUACAGUCCUGCGGAUACCCCUUCCAUCUCCAGAUUUCCACGAAAGAAUUUCUCAAUGAACUUGUUCGCCGGUUUCCUGAGCGCCCUCCGCCCUUCCCGGGUCCGGUCAUGUCUAGGAUCCUCGAUCUUAUCAACGACUGGAAGGAGGGUAUAUGCACGGAGUCGAGAUGGAAAGAAGACUUAGGAAAUAUCAGAGACAUGCAUCGGCUGCUCACGUUCAAAGGAUAUCGCUUCCGUCCACAUCCCAGGCAACCCCCGAUCGCCUCAGCUUCUAAUAUCAAAUCGGCGCAUGAACUCGAGAGCGAAGAUCGCGAAGCACAGUCUGCCAAGCUCCAGGAGCUCAUACGGCGGGGGACGCCUAGAGACCUGGCCGCAGCACAGGAGCUUAUGAAAUCGCUUGCAGGCGUAGACCCAGAGGCAAAGCCAGAUUAUCGUACGCAAGCUCUGACAGAACUUAACAAACUGGAGAGCAAGGUGAUAUUGCUCAAUGAAAUUCUUGACAAUGUGGAUACUUCGCGGGGCGAGAGGUUUGUCACCGGCGACGUGUAUGAGCAAGUGGCCUCGAUACUCUCCAGCGCACGGCCAAAAAUUCAAGGCUGGAUAUCAAAUGCAGAGACCGACGAUCCAGAAUCACUCAAUACCUUCCUGCAGAUCAACGACCAGAUCAACACCGUCUUGAACCGCUACGAGUCAUACAAGAAAGGUGACUUCACCGCCGCGGCAAACCCCAUUCCCACCGAAUACGCGUCUGGAAACGGCGUGUCAGAGUCGCUGAUCGACUUCGACGACUCAACGCCGUCAAGCUCGGACGCCCAGGUAGCACCAAUUGACGAACUCGCGAGUCUCUUCGGCCCAAGUACCACGAAUCCCAUACUUCAAACUGCCACACCACCAGUACAGCUGGGCACGGGGACAGGUGCGGGAAUAGGCAUGGGCAUGGCUCCCUCCGCAGGCACGAACAUGGGUGGCAUGAUGGGCAUGAACAUGGGCAACGGGACAGGGGUGGCCAUGCAUGCCCCGACUCCUUCGACAUCGAAUGGCUACGGCAUGAGCAUGAUCAUGGGCUCGUCCGCACCUAACCAGGCCGCACGCUCAGGAACGGUGUCCCCACCACAUAACCCACCAUACGGCUCUAUCAGGCUACCCGGCACGCCGCAGAUGCACGCACAGGCUGUGCCCGCCGCGCCAAACUACUUUACCGGUACGGCGCCCGGUUCCGGCAUCGGCGUGGGCGCGAGUAUUGGCGGGCAGCAGCGGACGAUGCAGCCGAUGCACCCACAAAUCCAGCAGCAAACCGCGCCGCCGCAGCAACAACAACAACAGCGUCGUUCACAGCCACCAUCGCAGCAGCACUUGGCGGGUACACCCGCGGCACCGCAGACGCAAGGGAAGGAUCCAUUCGCCGACCUUGUGGGCCUCUUCUGA